ACAAAUUCUUAUAAUCUUUAAAGGCCUUCUUUGCUUAUACCCAUUACCCACCAUCCUUUCCUUCCUUCUCUGAAAGCUAAUCUUCCGUCAUCGCACAAAUGAACCCUUCUUCAACCCUGCGACUCGACCGAAAUCCGGUAUAUAUCACCGGGUCAACUCAUUACAAACUAUUCCAGGCAUCUCCUUUUUGUCGCCAGUAUCAUCUUUCUGGAACUAUCCGGAAGGCCGUGCAAUGUUCUUCUCUCAAAUCCACUCCUGUCAAUGAGGUGACUCGUGACCCAGUGAGUAGAAUCGACGGGCUGAGUCAGGUUUCUGGUGUGUUGGGUUGUCAAUGGGGUGAUGAGGGUAAAGGCAAACUCGUUGAUAUUUUGGCUCAACAUUUCGAUGUUGUCGCCCGUUGUCAGGGAGGAGCAAAUGCUGGGCAUACCAUCUAUAAUUCUGAGGGGAAAAAGUUUGCCCUUCAUUUAGUCCCUUCUGGUAUUCUUAAUGAGGAAACAUUGUGUGUCAUUGGAAAUGGAGUUGUGGUGCAUCUACCUGGACUUUUCAAAGAAAUUGAUGGCCUCGAAUCCAAUGGGGUCUCUUGCGACGGCCGUAUAUUGGUUUCUGAUCGUGCUCACUUACUGUUUGACUUCCAUCAAGUAGUGGAUGGUCUUAGAGAAGCUGAGCUUGCUAAAUCCUUCAUUGGCACCACAAAGAGAGGCAUUGGCCCAGCUUAUUCAAGCAAGGUGAUUAGGAAUGGCAUAAGAGUUGGUGAUCUUAGACACAUGGAUACUUUUCCCCAGAAGCUUGAAAAUUUAUUGUUGGACGCAGCUUCUAGAUUUAAAGAUUUUCACUACGAGCCAGGAAUGCUCAAGGAAGAAGUGGAAAAGUACAAAAGGUUUGCUGAGAGAUUAGAGCCGUUCAUUGCUGAUACUAUUCUCGUCAUGAAUGAAUCAAUCUCGCAGAAAAAGAAGAUUUUGGUUGAAGGUGGUCAGGCUACUAUGUUGGAUAUAGACUUUGGAACCUAUCCUUUUGUAACUUCCUCUAGCCCGUCAGCUGGUGGAAUCUGUACUGGUCUUGGUAUCGCCCCUCGCGUUGUUGGUGAUCUUAUCGGAGUAGUAAAGGCUUACACCACACGUGUCGGCUCAGGCCCCUUCCCUACGGAGAUAUUGGGUCAGAGUGGGGAUCUGCUUAGGUUUGCUGGUCAAGAGUUUGGCACAACUACUGGCCGUCCUCGUCGCUGUGGCUGGCUUGAUGUUGUUGCGUUAAAAUUUAGCUGCGAUAUUAAUGGCUUCUCUUCCAUGAAUCUGACAAAAUUAGAUGUUCUAUCUGAUCUUCCUGAGAUCCAUUUGGGUGUUGCAUACAAGGAUGUUGAUGGAACACCAAUCAAAUCUUUCCCUGGCGACCUACGUGUUCUUGAACGGUUAAAGGUGGAAUACGAGGUUCUACCAGGGUGGCAGAUUGAUAUAUCAUCAAUUAGAAAUUAUGCCGAUCUUCCAUUGGCAGCUCGUCGCUAUGUUGAACGGAUAGAAGAAUUAGUUGGCGUACCUGUUCAUUACAUCGGUGUCGGUCCUGGUCGGGAUGCACUCAUUUACAAGUAGCGAGUAUAAUGAGUGGAUAAUUGCAUAACAAUUUUUUGCACUUGGAAAGAGUGGAGGGAAAGACGAUUUUGGUUCAUUUAGAAUUUCCCUUUGCUUAUAACUUCAAGGAGAUAAACUUGGAAGCAAACAAACCCACAAUUUAUUGACAUGAAUUUUUGUGUAGUACUCCUAUAUCAUGUAUUGUAUUACAAAUGCCAAGCACUUUGUAGUCUGCUCUUUGUCGGGCCACUUAUUUCAAGUUAGAUUCAGGUCAAAACAAGAAACCUAUAUGUCGAUGAUUUGUAUUAGUGGAGUUAUUCCACUCCUAUAUGAGCCAUGAAGCGCAGCUUAUGGUAAACAUACAAAAAUUUGUGUUUUUGAAAUGAUGUAAGAGAGUUUUGUGGAGGUGUUUGAGGAUGGGUUUUGACUACA